AUGGCACUUCGAAAUUCGAAGGGCAUUUUGGCCAUCAACGGUGUGGUGUCAGCGCUCUGCUACGACUUGUCUACAAAUAACAGAGAGAGGCAUCGAUGCGGAGACGUUGGGGCGCUUGGGAUCGUCGCCCCGGAGGAAGGGGUCUCGGAGGCAACAGACAAGAUCCGGGCGGAGCCAACCACCUCAAUAUCCAAGUUGAACCUCUGGAGUCAGCGAGUCAUUGCCAGCCCUUCCGAUUUCAUUGUGGUGGACAAAGAUGAACUUCCAAACAGUCGACGUCCACCGAGCUGCUCUAGACGGCACGACCAUACAUACUAG